UAGUGGUUGACAUUCGGCUUCCUGCAGCUACUUCGGCAGUUUCGGCGAAUUUUCGAUUAGCAAAGUACUUAUCGCGUGGAAAGUGUUAUUGCCGGACGUGAUUAAAACUCCAAAUUUGUGGGCGACAUAAACAAGAGGGAAUACAAUAUGAGUGAAGACAUAAAGUACGAACCACAAGAAGAGCAAGAAAACAGUGGCGGAGAAGAAGACGAACAGGAAAACAACGAAGAAGAAAACGAAAAUGGAGAUGAAAACGGUGAUGACUGCAAACAAGAACCCGAUGAGGAUGGUGAUGAAGAGGACGGCGAUGAUGUUGAUAGAUCAGGGCAAAUAUUCAUUCGCCUGCGAGGCCUCCCGUGGAGUGUAACGAAUCAGGAUAUCAUCGACUUCCUUAAGGGUGUAAACAUUGCAAAUGGCGAGAAGGGAAUUCAUAUUGCCAAGAACCGUUCGGAUAGCAAAAAUACUGGUGAAGCGUUCGUCCAAUUGGAAAGCGAGCAAGAUGUGGAAGAAGCGUUCAAACACGAUAAGGAGAACAUUGGUCAUCGUUAUAUUGAAAUAUUUAAGGCAACCGCCGAAGAGCUAGCUUUUACAAUGAAAAAACCCAAAAGGGCGGGAAGAGUUGUGAAGUUACGUGGACUACCAUAUUCCGUCGACGAAGACAUGAUUGAAGACUUCUUCGAGGGGUUGAAUAUCAGACACGAGCGGGAGGGAAUCGUUAUUAUUACGGACCGGAGGGGGCGUGCUACUGGGGAGGCAUAUGUUCAAUUUGAAACUGAGUUGGAUGCACGAAAAGCCUUAGAUCGAAAUCGUGAAAAGAUUGGGCACAGGUACAUUGAAAUUUUCCGAAGCACUCCGGGCGAUAUGAGGCGAGCAUUAGGGACUCGCCCUGGCCCUUAUGAUAAAUUCGGAGGACGUCAAGCAGGCAGAGCCAGUGGUAGUGUCGGUGGCCCAAUUCGUAAUAGACGCGGAGGUGAUGGAGGAAAUUGGUCUAGCGAUUUUCGAGGAAAUAGUGGGGGUGGUUUCAACAAUGGAGGGGGUUUCAGCAAUUUCGGAAACAAUAAUUCGGACUUCGGCAUGAACCGGAACGGGCGUGGUGGAGGAGGAUUCGGUAAUAAUUUUACGGGAAAUAGCGGUGGAUUCGGAGGAAAUAGUGGCGGAUUUGGAGGAAAUAAUAGCGGAUUCGGAGGAAAUAGCGGUGGAUUCGGAGGAAAUAACAGCGGAUUUGGUGGAAACAACGGCGGAUUUGGAGGAAGUAACUUUGGAAGAAAUCAAGGCUUCGGAGGGAAUCAAAAUUUUAGUGGAAAUGGUCCAUAUUGUAUUCACAUGCGUGGAUUGCCGUAUUAUUCAUAUGAAAAUGAUAUCAAUGACUUCUUCGCGCCACUUGUCCCCAUCAACAUUGAGAUAAUUUACAACAAGAAAGGACUGCAUAGUGGAACGGCAGAUGUCUACUUCCGAUCAGCUGACGAUGCAAUACAAGCUAUGCGAAAACACAAGGAGCAAAUGGGUGCGCGCUACAUUGAAUUGUUCUACGAUGGAAAUACACAAAGAGCUGGUCGAAUUUAGACUAUUUUAGAACAUGCAAUGUCCAGAUCGGUGUAUAUUCUCCAUUGAAUUAAUAUUACGGACAUAUCCGUAAAAACAAUGCAAUUUUCUUUCGGAGACACAUUUACAAAUAUAUUUCCCUUCUAUUUGCAAAGUAUAUGUUAAGCAGCGCAAAUCUAGUGACAUUAAAAUGAUGAAUUUGAAGUAUUGUAUGCUGAAUGUAAAUCAAAUAUAUGUUUGAGAACAUAUGAUGAGAGUGAAUCAUAAAAGAAA